AUGAAGGGCGUGGACUUUAUCCGCUCCCAGUUCAAGAAGCUGCCGUACCCGUCCGAGGACUGCGCGGGCCGGGUCGUGAUCGUGACGGGCUCCAACGUUGGGCUAGGCCUCGAGGCGGCGCGGCACUUUCUGCGGCUCAACGCGGCCAAGGUGGUACUCGCCGUCCGCAGCACCGACAAGGGCGAGGCGGCUCGGACGGACAUUGAGCUCACGACGGGCCGGCGCGACGUCGUCGAGGUGUGGCCGCUGGACCAGUCCUCAUUCGACAGCGUCAAGGAAUUCGCCGCUCGCGCGGACCGGCUGCCACGACUGGACUACGUGGUGCUGAACGCGGGCGUCGCGACGAGCAAAAGGGUCGACGCCGAGGGGUGGGAGAGCCAGGUGACGGUGAACGUGCUGAGCACGUUCCUGCUGAGCCUCAAGGUGCUGCCGGUGCUGAGGCGGACGGGGAAGACGCACAACGUGACGCCCAAGAUUGUUAUUGUCUCGUCGGAUGCGAGUCAGAUGGCCAAGUUCCGCGAGCGCAACGCCGAGGACAUUUACAAGGCGCUCAACACCAACAAGAGCCUGACGGACCGGUACAGCACGACGAAGCUGAUGCAGGUGAUGCUGGCGCGGCAGAUGGCCAUCGCGGCGGACGCGUCGGGCAAGGGCCGGGUGCAGGUGACGACGCUGAACCCGGGACUCUGCUCGACGGCGCUGUUCCGCAACAUACCGUUCCCGCUGACGCUCGUAGUCAAGGUCGGGCUGAAGCUGCUGGCACGGUCGGCCGAGGUUGGGUCACGGUGCCUGAUGGCGGCCGCCUUCGCGGGCGAGGAGGCCCACGGGCGGUACAUGAGCGACUGCGCCGUCGUCAAGUUCCCCAAGAUUAUGCAGGGCGAGGAGGGGGAGCAGCUGCAGGCGCGCCUGUGGGAGGAGACGGUGGAGUUGCUGAACGGGGUCGACCCGGCGGUGUCGAUGAAUUUGUGA